AUGUGCAAAGACGUUGCUCGCAAUCCACACAAAAAUGGUCUCUCAUCAUCUCGAUCAACAACCAGUUUGUCAAGUGUUGCCUCAGCCUCGCAAUCCUCUACUGGGGCCCACAUGCUUCAUACCCCUUUGUUUCAGGACGCCUCAAGAUCACGCACAUCCUCUUCAUCGUCGAAGCCGAUACAAAGUUUCCCUCAGCGUCGUUUGCCGUCAAAUCGUCCUACAGGUGCUCAUAGUCGGACUCUGAGUCGGUCCUCAACUCGCUCAGUGUCGGGGCCGUCCGCAUCGACUCCAUCAUUCUCCCCCUCAGUAACAUCGUCCACUCACUCGUCGCGUCAACGCACAAUGAGCAAUGCAACUGCAGUUCGCGUACCCCCAACUCCUACAACACCGCGUGCACGGAAAUCAUCAGCUGCACUUAGACGUACUCCCGGUUCGCCAACCCCUUCAGCCCUGUCUUCCAGUGCUUUACCGCGCGGCAGUGCACGACCGGCUCGGCCAUUCGUUGGAGGAACCUUAGUCACACCACGCAGGUCUGGUUCGAGUGCGAGCGACAGGCCUAAAAUUCGCCGAUCGUACGUUGCGAAUCCAAAAAACAAACUCGAUGUCGCGGUUGGAAACACCUGGAAAGAUGAAAGCGGAAAGUACUGGAUAGGCGACGCAGAGCCAAAGCUUUGCUUCUGCCGUAUUCUCCGUUCUCAAAUGGUUAUGGUCCGUGUGGGCGGAGGAUGGGUCGAGUUAUCCAAGUUCAUCCGAGACCACUUCGCACACAUGUUUCGUGUGGGAUCCGUCUCUCCUACGAGUAUGCAGAGGCAGACUGAAGAGAAAUGGUUAAGCUCGACAACUCUCCUUGAAAAUAUGAAAGAAGAAGAGAAGACCCCACUGAAAGAUCGCCCUUCCACUCCUUCACGGAUUCCUGUGUUGUUGACGCCAUCCAGUCGCAGCCCACAGGGGAAGUCCAACGUAUCCCCUAACACAUCACCCUUAGCGCCCCUUCAAUACGUUCGAAGGGCAGCCAUGGAAUCCUCCAACUCCCCGCCUCCCACAACACCAAGACCAAGCACCUCAUUGAAAUCCUAUUUCACCCCGAUUCCUAAGACUGAAUCUAAAUCUCCAUCUCCCUCACCACUUACUCACAUCAUGUCUGCAACGCCUUCACGACCGCCUCGAUGGCGCUAG